GGAGGAGGAGGAGGGGGCGGGGAAGAGAUAAAAGAAGGCGAGGCGACGGCGGAAGGGCAUCUCCUUUUUCCCGGUGGAGGGGCAACUAAGUAACGUGGUGAAUAACAUAACAUGGCAGCAGGAGGCAGCCCUUUUGAAGAAGGAAUGGAUGAUCGUGACUUACCUGGCUGGAGCAAUGAGAGCCUUGAUGAUCGAUUAAACAACACGGGCUGGGGUGGUCAGCCAAAGAGACCCAACAGAUCUUCAGAAAAAAACAGGAAAAAGGUUACCAGUGAAAGUGAAUCAAGACUUACUAAUGACAUCUCACCAGAAUCGACACCAGGAAAUGCACGGAAAAAGUCAAAGACGCCUCAUACUUUCCCUCAUACAAGAUACAUUACCCAAAUGUCUGUUCCAGAGCAGGCAGAACUUGAAAAACUUAAACAAAGAAUAAACUUUAGUGAUUUAGAUCAGAGAAGCAUUGGAAGUGAUUCUCAGGGCAGAGCAACAGCUGCUAACAACAAACGCCAGCUUAAUGAAAGCAGAAAGCCAUUCAACUUCCUGUCACUGCAGAUUAAUACUAACAAAGGCAAAGAUGCUGCAACAAGUUCUCAAACACAAGAAACCGGGGGAUCAUCGCAAUAUAAAGACUUAUUUACAGCUGCCUUGAGUAAGGAUUUGUUACAGAAUUGUCCUGUCUCUUUUGAAGAAGAUGGAAGAGGUGAACCAGCAGUGGACAGUAGUCAGAUUGUGAGCAGACUAAUUCAAAUUCGUGACUAUAUUGCAAAAGCCAGUUCCAUGCGAGAUGAUCUAGUUGAGAAAAAUGAGAGAUCUGCUAAUGUGGAACGCUUAUCACAUCUCAUAGAUCAUCUAAAAGAACAGGAGAAAUCAUACUUAAAAUUUUUGCAGAAGAUGCUUGCUAGAGAAAAUGAGGAGGAGGAUGGUCGGACUAUAGAUUCAGCUGUGGGAUCUGGUUCUGUAGCUGAGAGCACAUCGCUAAACAUAGAUGUGCAGUCUGAAGUUUCAGAUACAACGGAGGUAUCUUUUAGUCUGAGAGCUCGGCCCUGCAUUGAGGACAAACUAGGGAAUUCAGCUUCUCAAGGACAGGUUUCAGACAUGGCCGUUACAGCAAGUCCAAAUGUGAAAAAUGACAGAGCUGCUCUGAAUGGCAGCGAAAUCUGGUCUAGUAGGAUUAAUAGCCAAGAACCUGGAUUACUCUCAAAGGCUAGAGAUCCUCAGCAGGAGGCUACAGAAGAGCUUGCAAAUUUGAAGAAGCAACAUGAUUUAUUGAAGAGGAUGCUACAACAACAGGAACAACUGAAAGCUCUUCAAGGGAGACAAGCUGCUCUGCUUGCACUACAGCAUAAAGCAGAACAAGCCAUUGCUGUCAUGGAUGAUUCUGUUGUAACAGAAGCGACUGGUAGCAUUUCAGGAGUGAGUCUAACAUCAGAGCUGAAUGAAGAAUUAAAUGACUUAAUUCAGCGCUUUCACAACCAGCUUCAUGAUUCUCAGGUUCAACCUGUUCCAGAUAAUAGAAGGCAAGCAGAGAGUCUUUCUCUAACCAGAGAGGUUUCCCAGAGCAGGAUUUCUUCUGUGUCUGAGCAUUUGUCUGAAGAAAAGGCCCAACUCUUCAGUAAGAUGGUAGCAUUGCAGGGUAAAAAGCAAAAAAUGGACAAAUUGUUAGGAGAAUUGCACACACUUCGGGACCAGCAUCUAAACAAUUCAUCCCUCUUGCCAGCUUCAGGGUCUCCUCAGAGAAGUGUUGAUCAAAGAAGUACAGCUUCAGUAGCUUCUGCACCUGUAGGAAUAGCAGCUGCUGUCAAUGAAGAAUCUAACAGCUUAGCAUCAUCUGUUGCCUAUCAUCCGGAUUCUGUCACCUCACAGAAUGACAGCGAAGAGGAUGACAACUUAAAUCCAACAGAAAAGCUACAGAAGUUGAAUGAAGUUCGGAAGAGACUAAAUGAAUUGCGUGAACUAGUCCACUACUAUGAGCAGACAUCUGAUAUGAUGACAGAUGCUGUAAAUGAAAACACUAAAGAGGAAGAGGAGACGGAAGAUUCAGAGUGUGAUUCAGACCAUGAGAAUCCACAGCCAGUUACCAAUAUUAGAAAUCCACAGGGCACCACUAACUGGGGAGAAAUGAAUUGCAAUAGUAAUAGCAAUUUGCAGUGUGGAACUAAUAACAGAAAUGGAAGGCAUCUUAAUACAUCUUGUGAAAUAAACAACCGAUCUGCUAAUAUAAGGAUGCUGAAUAUGCCCUCAACUUUAGAUUGCCAUUAUAAUAGAGAAGAUGGCGGUGCAGAUAUUCCACAAGGUGAAGAUGACAUUGAUGCUGAAGCUGAUCGAGCCAGUGAAGCUUCUCUAUCCAGCCGCAGAACCAGCAUAGCUGAGGAGGCUCCUGCUGAUGCGGAAUUUGAGCAGAAGAUCAACAGGCUUAUAGCAGCAAAACAGAAACUUCGACAACUGCAAAACCUUGUUGCUAUGGUACAGGAUGAUGAAGUGGAACCAGAGGCUUCAGGACAGGGUAACAUGGAUCAGUUCUUUGUGGCUGAAGAGGAAAAAGCACAGCAGCAACCAAACAAUACUCGAACCAGUGCAAACAAGUCCCAGAAAGGUGUAGUUCUGAAUGAAAAAGCAAGAGAGAAAUUUUAUGAAGCCAAGCUUCAGCAGCAACAGAGAGAAUUGAAACAUCUCCAAGAAGAAAGGAAGAAACUGAUAAAGAUCCAAGAAAAGAUCCAGGUGUUGCAGAAAGCUUGUCCAGAUCUUCAAUUGUCAUCUGGCGUGGAUAAUUGUCCUGGGAAUACUCCAGCACCAGCUGCAAAUGAAAUCAGCGCAGCCAACAAGAUUUUGGUGCAACCGGAAGAAACAGCCACAAUCGAUACUGAGCUUUGGUCUGAGAUGCGCAGACAUGAGAUUUUGAGAGAAGAAUUGCGACAGAGAAGAAAGCAGCUUGAAGCCUUAAUGGCUGAGCACCAGAGGAGAAGGGACCUAGCAGAUACUACAUCUGCUUGUGCUGGAUCUACUAAAAGUGAUGGAUCAGAGACCCAGUGCACUCCCCAGCAAAGCAGAACAGAAAAAACCAUGGCAACAUGGGGAGGCUCUACUCAAUGUGCAUUUGAUGAAGAUGAAGAUGGUGGUGAUGAAGAUGCAUAUCUUUCUGACGGGCUUGGUCAAGUGGAAGAGGAAGAGGAAGAGGAGCAAGAAUCUAGUUCCAAUGAGUACUCUGUGUGUCCCAAUAACACAGAUCAAAGUGCAUAUUGUACAAAGGAAGAUAAGGAGAGCUGGAAGAAUCCUCGUCCUCUUUCAGCAGAUGGAAACUAUCGUCCUCUGGCUAAAGCAAGGCAGCAACAGAAUAUCAGCAUGCGGCGGCAGGAAAAUCAUCGCUGGAUGUCUGAGCUUUCUCAUGUGGAAGAGAAAGAACAGUGGCAAGAGCAGAUUAACCAGCUAAAGAAACAGCUUGAAUUCAGUGUCAAUAUUUGUCAGACUUUAAUGCAGGAUCAACAGACUCUCUCCUGCCUGUUGCAGACUUUGCUUACUGGCCCUUACAGUGUGUUGCCCAGUAACGUUGCUUCACCACAAGUACACCUUAUAAUGCAUCAGUUAAAUCAGUGCUAUACUCAACUGACUUGGCAACAAAAUAAUGUUCAAAGGUUGAAGCAAAUGUUAAAUGAUCUAAUGCGCCAGCAAGAGCAACAACACACAAGAACAACUACGAAGGAGAAAGAAAGCAGGGCUCCACCGCCUCCAUCGCCAACUAUGUUUUGUCCCUUUGGUUUUCCUUCCCAAACAAUGAACCUGUUCAGCAUGCCUGGGUUCACAAAUUUCUCCUCUUUCCCACCAGGUAUAAACUUUGGCCCAAUGUUUCCAUCUGGUUUGGGGGAUUUUCCACACAACUGUACAGCUCAGAACAGUGAACAUCAACAACAACCCAUAGAGCCUAACACCACUGGGAAAAUGGACUAUAUGGCAUUUCCAAAACCUUUUGAAAGUAAUUCUACUGGUGGAGUAGAAAAACCAAGAGGUCAGUUGCAACCUGAAGAAGAAACAGAGAAUAGAUCAACUAGAUCAAAUGGACACCAGGAAGGAGGAAAAGAAAAACAUUUGUUCCUCAAGUCUGGAUUUGCAAUACCUGUACAAAACGCAGGAUGUGGUAAUCACAAAAAUCAAGCUGGCACAAGCAGGAGGAGAGAAUUUGAUGAAGAAUCUCUGGAGAGCUUUAGUAGUAUGCCAGAUCCAGUGGAUCCAACCACUGUGACUAAAACCUUUAAACCUCGGAAAGCAUCUGCACAGGCCAGUCUAGCUUCCAAAGACAAAACGCCAAAGUCCAAGAAUAAGAGGAGGAAUGCUUCUCAAUUUAAAAACCGAUCGAGAUCUAAUGGUUUUGAAAGUGCCAGUGUUUCCAGUACAUGCGAGCCUUACAAGAGCAACAGAAGCAGGCACUCAACUCGGAAGGAAGAAGUUGUCCAAGCAAAGGUGUUCAGUAAAAAGAACCGAGAGCAACUAGAAAAAAUAAUUAAAUACAGUAGAUCAUCAGAAAUGUCCUCAGCACAUGCUAGGAGAAUACUGCAGCAGUCUAACAGAAAUGCAUGCAUAGAAGCACCAGAAACAGGCAGUGAUCUUUCUAUGUUUGAAUCUUUGCGAGACACCAUUUACUCUGAAGUAGCCACUUUGAUAUCUCAAAAUGAAUCUCGCCCUCAUUUUUUGAUUGAGCUUUUUCAUGAGCUCCAGAUGCUAAAUUCAGACUAUUUGAGACAAAGAGCGUUGUAUGCUUUACAGGAUAUAGUGACCAGACAUGCAUCUGAAGAAAAUGCAAAAGGAGAGUGUCCCAAACCACUGAACUCUGCAGGCUGGGCAGGAUCAAAUUCAGAACUUACUCCCAGUGAAAGCCUUGCAACGACUGAUGACGAGACAUUUGAGAAGAACUUUGACGAUGGAGCCUGUAGAGAAUGUGAACAACACGAUGCAGACAAUGGCAGCACUAUGUCUACUUCUUCAAAUUUUGAACCCUUUGCUACUGAUGAGCUGGGCAACACUGUAAUUCAUUUAGAUCAGGCACUGGCUCGGAUGAGAGAAUACGGACGAAAGAAAAUGGCAGUCGAAAGUAACGUUGAAUCUGAGGAUGGAUGCUGUAGUAAUCCCCAUGAUGCUUCUGCUUCUAAACUGGAAGGUUCAGAUACAGCUGAAAGCCAUUGUGCAGCACAGUCUGCUGAAGUGCCUGCUGUUCCUUGUCCUCGAAUAGAUACCCAGCAGCUUGACCGGCAAAUCAAAGCUAUUAUGAAAGAGGUUAUCCCAUUUCUGAGGGAACACAUGGAUGAAGUAUGUUCUUCUCAGCUCUUGACCUCAGUAAGGCGUAUGGUCUUAACCCUUACUCAACAAAACGAUGAAAGCAAAGAAUUUGUGAAGAUAUUUCAUAAGCAACUUCGUAGCAUUUUGCAGGAUUCACUGGCAAAAUUUGCUGGUAAAAAAUUGAAGGAUUGUGGGGAGGAUCUUCUUGUGGAGAUUUCUGAAGUCUUGUUCAAUGAAUUAGCCUUCUUUAAGCUCAUGCAAGACUUGGACAAUAACAGCCUGACAGUAAAGCAAAGAGGCAAAAGGAAAAUGGAAGCAGAUGGAAUGAUGCAGUCCUAUGCUAAAGAGGCAAAAAGAGCACUGGAAGGAGGAGCUUGUUCAUCCAAUGAAGAUAUAGAUGAAGACAAAGACAAAGAUGAAACUGAAACUAUUAAGCAAGCUCAUGAACCUGCAAUAUUCAACAACAGGGAAGUCCCAAGAAGUACAAGAUCAGAUGCUUCUGACCAGGAAGAAGAAGAGAGUGAAAAUUGUCCAGUAUCCAUAAGUUUGUCUAAAGCAGAAACCCAGGCUUUAACUAAUUAUGGAAGUGGGGAAGAUGAAAAUGAAGAUGAAGAAAUAGAUGAAUUUGAAGAAGGACCUGUGGAUGUCCAGACUUCCCUCCAAGCAAACAAUGAAACUACAGCUGAAAAUGAACAAGAGCAGGUUUUGCAUCCCAAACCAGAAAGUCCAAAUGGUUGUCAGAUGUUGCCUACUGAGGACAAAUGUGGAACUGAUAAUGGUGACCAGGAUUUACCUGCUGCUGUGCCUCAGUAUCUGAAUGUAUUAGAAGAUAAGCAACCUUCAGCUGCAAGAGGUGCCGAAGAUCUUAAUGCCAGUGCUGCAUUAACAUCAGAAGAGCCAGACUCUUCAUUAGCAGUCAGUGAAAGCCAGGCGUUGGACACACUACAUGGGGAAACCAAAUCUUCAUCGGGAACUCCUGAAAGCUCUGUGGUUGGCAGUCCCGAUACAGAGUCUCCUGUAUUAGUGAAUGAAUAUGAAACUGGCUCUGGAAACGUCAGUCAGAAAUCAGAUGAAGAUGACUUUGUAAAAGUUGAAAACUUGCCCCUUAAACUUGCAGUCUACUCAGAGGAAGAGUUAAUGAAAAAAAUGGUGGCAGAGGCUCAGUCUAACAGUAUCACUGAAGAAAUACUAUCUGGUGCAGAAAGUCAUGGUGAAGAAUUAGUAGGAGAUCCUCAAAUGCUGAAGGAACCUGAGACUGCAGGAGCCCAAAGUGCAUGAAAAUGACAUCCAGGGCUCUUUCUUGGCCUAUUUCAUCCGCAGUUGCAUCUAGAAAAUUGCUACUAAACUUCAUGUGUUCUAAUCUGUACAAAAAUGUAAAUUAGUUUUUCACACAUUGCCUUUUAGAAUAGGCAUGCUAACUCCGCCCUCCCCAUAAAGUCUAAACAGCUAAAACUGAGUUUUCAGUCUGGCUGCACAGUU